UGUAACAAGUUAUCGAGCAUAGCUUACUACUCGCCUCUAUAUAUAUCAAUAUUCGUAGUAGUAUUCGUAAUACAACUACUACUUACAAAGAGCAACAUUUGAAUUAAAACUACUUUUUUUCUUGAAUCAAAACAGGUUGUACGGUAGAAUUAUGUUAUCGAAAAACUUUGAAAAGGAGAAAACAGGUAACUGUUAAUAACAUUUAUUUAAAAGUGAACGAUAUAGCGUGGAAACGAAAAGAGCGGCUUUAAAAAGUGCGGCAAAAAUUAAAAAUGGCUGAGAAGAUUUAACGCGCAUAUUCUCGAUUCAGAAUAUAUUUAGGAAAUGUUUUCUCCUUGUUAUUCAUAGAUUACAACAUCUUUCUAUUUAAGAAGAAAGAAAAUGCGUUAACGAAAAUACAACAUUUAAUAUUUGGCAGCAUUAUGCGCGGUGGCGUAGCGCAUGGAAAAAUUGGGUCGAUCUGCGAAAGAUGGCGGCUGCAAUGUGGUGUGCGUGAGAGAAUUAUGCUGAUAGAUUUUUGUGAAAACAUACAAAAAAUAUGGAAAAAUCUGUUUCCACGUGUAAAGUGAAACCUCCGAAUGGGAGUCUGCAAUAUGUAUCGUAAUACCGAUAUAGUAUAUUAAAGAUAGUUGGAAGAUAACGUUUGUUUACGAUAAAGUUUGUGACCACCGCAACGUGAAGCCGAGUGUGAAAGGGUAAAGAGAGAGACUCGAAAAGAAAACGAGACUGGAGAUAAAGCGUUGCCGGACUUCGGCCCGGUGAUAAUAUCAGUAGAGAUGCUGAAACAAUUGCAGAUGGGAAUGAGAGCUUUUCUCUUGAUGGCUUCCCGCGUGUGGACAUGCGUCUGUUUUCUACUCAAGAAGCAGGUUAGAGCCAUUUCACAAAUGCAGCCAGUUAAGUAUGAAAUCUUCCCAUUAUCUCCUUUAUCAAGGCAUAGACUUAAUAUAGUUAAGAGAAAAGUAUUAGUACUUGAUUUGGAUGAGACCUUAAUUCAUUCUCAUCACGACGGAGUAGCAAGGCCAACCGUUAGGCCUGGUACACCUCCAGAUUUUGUCCUUAAAGUAACGAUAGAUCGACAUCCUGUUAGAUUUUUUGUUCAUAAAAGGCCACACGUAGAUUUUUUCUUGGACAUUGUUAGUCAAUGGUACGAAUUAGUGAUUUUCACUGCAUCUAUGGAAAUUUAUGGUGCAGCAGUGGCAGAUAAACUAGAUAACAAUCGAGGUAUUUUAAGGCGCAGAUAUUACAGACAGCAUUGUACUCCAGAAAUGGGUUCCUAUACUAAGAAUCUUUCUGCCAUUUGUUCAGAUCUAGCUUCUGUCUUUAUUCUUGAUAAUAGUCCUGGAGCUUACAGAGCUUAUCCACACAAUGCAAUACCUAUCAAAUCAUGGUUUAGCGAUGCAGGAGAUACUGCUUUAUUGAAUUUGCUACCUGUUCUGGAUGCUCUACGCUUUACACAGGAUGUGCGGUCAGUUCUUUCAAGAAAUUUGCAAUUACAUAAUACUUGGUAGCAUAAUCUUAAUUGAUUGAUGUACUAGACAUUCUAGCAAUCAAUCGUGUAAUAAUUUAGUGUGUCUAGAUUAGGAUUAUUAUUGUUAUUGGUAAUAGGCAUAUUAGGAUGCUGUCCAGAUAAUGAGAUGACGAACCCCUUACCCUGUCCUCAUUUUGUAUACUUGUUAUGCAAAAUAUAGCGAGUGUGUGUCAAAGGGAAUGGGAUCUUCAGCCAAUUAUUAUAUCAGCACAAAAUCUUAUAGAAUAAUUUUUGUAUACAAUCUGAUUCGUAUUUAAAUGAAAGACCUGUUUUCUAAUUGUGCAUUUGCCAAAGAUUAAAAAAUUGAAAACAUAUGUUGACUAUAUCUGACAAAAUCUCUCGUAAGGAGAGAAUUAUUUUUAUUUAAAUUUUGGCACACAUGGCAAUGAAAUGAUGAAUUUGAAAUACUUCUUAUUGUACAUUAUCAAUCUAGAAUGUAGAAAGAAACAUACUAAGUCAUACUUCGAAUAGACUCUGCUGUAACUCACUGUAUCAGUGAGGCAGCUGUCUGAGUUAUGUCUAAUAUAAAGAAGUAUUAAUAAAGAUAUAAAAAAGUACUGAAAAAAAAAAACAUUUCCUUUUUGCAAAAAUUGAGGACUAUAACCAGUAAAUCCAACCUGUGACGUUAAUAAAAAAAAGAAAUAAAUCAGCAAAAUAAUGAAUUUAUGCAUAUACCUGUAUACUCUGUCCGCUUGUCUAACAAUCUAGAGUUAAUGAUGAAUAUUAUGUACAUAUUAGCAGUAAUUAGAAAACGAAUGUGUUUAUUAUGGAGUGGCUAGUGUGUGUGUAUGAAGAAUGUAAUUAAGUCAUUAAGAGUAUAAACUUUAUAUAAUAUUUAUUAUAAAUGGAUAUAUACAUAUAUGUAUAUCUUAAGAUCGAUCAGUAAAUAAAAAAUAUUACGAUUGCAGCACAUUGCUUUAUAUUUCACUUGUACUUUAAAGAAAAGAAACACGAGGACAGGGAAAUAAAGUAAAAAAAAAAUAAUAAUAAAUAAAUAAAUAAAUAAAUAAAAAAUAAAAGCAAUAAUUGAUACUUUUGUGCUUUGUUAGAUUUUUAUACAUAUUUUCGUUUAUUAAUAAUCGAUAAAUAAUGCUUCAUUAAGCACUAUGCUGCAAAAUAUUCGUAUUAUAUUGAAUGAUCCGUAUAUACAUAAUUGUAUAUAUUUGUAUAAACAUCAAACUUACAUAGUGUUAAAAUCUUAUUUAAAUUAAGACAUGCUCAUGUGCGCUAGAUUGAAGUACCAAUAACAUGUUCUCAAAUAAACAACUUUCAAUGGAGAACAAUUCUUACUUUUUGAUAUACAGGAUGAUCAUUGUAAAGGUUGACACAAUUUUUUAAAAAUUGUUUAUUUAUAGAAUAAAAAACGUUUAAUAUAGUAAUAAUUAAAUUUUUAUACGCCUUAAAAAAGUUGGGGUAUAACAGAUUCUGCUGAAAGAAUUAUCAAAUAAUAAAUAUUGUAAAAUAAUAUACAGACAUAACUAUGUGAAUAAUAAUUAUUGCAUAAUUCUAUUACAACUUGUAGGAGGAACUAUGUUUUUGAUGGGUAUUUCUACAUUUUUUGGUGCUUGAAACAUGAAAUUAAUUACAUAAUCGUAAUUCACCUCUUCUUAAUUAAAUCUUUCUCUUGAAGUAUUAUUAAAUAACUCUUUUGAUAAUCUUUACAAUGACUACCUUAUAUAUUAAAGGAUUUGUUUACAUUGAUUUAUAAUACAUUCACAUGAUUUUACAUGUUUCAAAACAACAUUAGCCAUUGCUAAGAAACAUAGACACAAUAUUUAACGAAACGAAAUUGUAUUAGUAUACACAAAAAAGAUUAUUUCCAUGUACAUAACAUACGUGUGUGCACAUAAAUAUUACAUAUUCAAUGUAUGUACUCUACAUAUUCAUACAGCAUAGAAAAUAAUUUUUUUCACUUUCGAACUUUAUUUCGUUCUUUGUAUUAUUAUUAUUAUUAUCACCAUCAUUAUUAUUAUUAUUAUUACUAUUAUUAUUAUUAUUAUUAUUAUUAUUUUUCAAUGUAAACUGAGCAAGACGUAUUUUUUUUAUAACAAUAUUAAGCACUUAUGGUUUUGAUACUCAUAUUAAUAUUUUAAUAAAAAAGCCGUAAGUAAAACGGACCUAGGAUAAAGUUUAAUGUACAAAAAAUACUUCAUUGAUAAGUAAAGUUCAUUUUAAAUAUUUCUUUUGAUAGUAAACUUUGUAUAAUAAAAUAUAGUAUCAGUUUUAUAUACAGGCUACACUUUUACAAACAUUAAAUGAGAAUAAAAACAAGAUUUUUGUCCUUUUUAUAAUGUGUUACAGAAUAUAUUUUAUGCACUUUAAAGACUGUUAAGACGGAAGAAAGUGAAUUGAUGGAAGCUGUAAAUAAUUUUUUGUUUUGUUUUGUUUUAUAUUUAAUCUUUAGGUGGAUCGUCUCGUACAAUUUCCAAAGAACUAUCUGAAUUAUUAGUGCUACUUCCACUUCCAGCAUCAUCUUCUCUUUCUGUUGCUUUUUCUUGAACUGUACUUGUGCCUAAUUGCCAUGAUGGAAUAGAUGCUGGAGCACUGGGAAACUGUUUUCUAUUUAAAAAUAAAUAUAAUAAAAUAAUAAAUGUAUAAUAAGGCUCUGUACAAUGAUCAUGAUUUCCAUAUGUAAAAUAUAAAGAAUACAAGAGUACAAGACUAA